GGAGUAAGAGGGCGGCGGGUGAAGGAGGAGGGCGCUAGUUUGCCGAUCGGCACUGGCUUCCCGCGGGCGCCGUAGCUAAUUCCACAUUAGCCCAGCAGCAGCGGGAGGAAGCAGGCACACAAAUGACUAGGCUGGCCUGCCAAAAGGCGCAUCAAACACGGGCGAGCUAGGAGGCGAAAGAAGGGCGGCUGCUGCUGGCACCAUGGCGGGCGCCGACGUGCACAUGUGCCAGACCAUCUUUCCCGCUCACGCCAACCACCGCGGGGAGCUCAGCGCCGGGCAGCUCCUCAAAUGGAUCGACACCACCGCUUGCCUGGCUGCUGAAAAACAUGCUGGCAUUUCCUGCGUGACAGCAUCGGUGGAUGACAUUCAGUUUGAAGAGACUGCCAGAGUGGGACAGAUUAUCAGCAUCAAUGCAAAGGUAAACCGGGCAUUCACUACCAGUAUGGAGGUUGGUGUCAAAGUUACAUUACAGGAUCCCUUAACUAACAUUCAGAAAUUGAUUAGUGUGGCUUUCUCUACGUAUGUGAUAAAACCAGCAGGUGGUGACAAGAUUAACUUAAAACCAGUAGAGCUUCUCACUGCACAAGAUUUCCUGGAGCACGCACUAGCUGCUGAGAGAAGAAAAAUCCGACUAGAACAUGAACAUGUGUUUAAGAACUUGAUGCAAGAAUGUGCCAUGGAUAAUGAGGUUUUAGACUAUGUUUGCAAUAAAAAAGAAGAUGCGGUUUCUACAGACCAUACCCAUGUGCAGAGCAUUGAGCUUGUCUUGCCCCCUCAUGCCAAUCAUCAAGGAAAUACGUUUGGUGGCCAAAUUAUGGCUUGGAUGGAGACAGUGGCUGCUAUUUCCGCAAGUCGCCUGUGUUGUUUGCCUCCAACGUUGAAAUCGGUAGAUAUGUUUAAAUUCCGAGGACCAUCGACUGUUGGUGAUCGACUUGUUUUCAAUGCUAUAGUUAACAAUACUUUUCAGGAAAGUGUCGAGGUUGGUGUCCGAGUUGAGGCUUACAACUGUGAGGAAUGGGCCAAAGGCCAAGCACGGCAUAUUAAUAGUGCGUUUCUCAUUUUUAAUGCUGCAAAUAAAACUGGAGAGCUUCUUACCUUCCCCAGAGUGACAUCCACUACAAAGGAUGGUUUAAGGAGGUACUAUGGAGCUAUUUCCCGCAGAAGAAUUCGAUUAGCCAGGAGAUAUGUCCUCUUAAAGAAGGAAGACAAUUGCAUCCCUCUUUCCUGGGACCAAAGUAACCAGGUGUACAUAAUCAAAAGCAAUAUUGCAGCACUGAGUGCUCUGGCAGCAAAGCCUGGAUGGGAAAUAACCAGCACACUAGCACAUAUAAAAAUGUUCUCUCUCAAGGAGAGAGAUGCUUUGUCUGUCAAGGUUGAAAUGCAAGUACAAGUAUCUUCAGAAUUAGCGUUUUCCCUUUUAUCUGAUUUUACACUCCAUGUACACUGGGACCCAUGGUGUUCAACUUGUCGGGUCAUAAAAAGUGUGACCAGAGAGGACAAAAUAUACCACAUUACAUCACCACCUGCUAAUGGAAAUAAGCCCAAUGAUUUUUUAAUUCUUGUGUCUCAAAGACAACCCUGUAAGGCUGGAGACCCUUAUAUAAUAGCUGUGAGGUCAGUAGCCUUGACAUCUGUUCCACCUUCUAAUAAAAACUACUGCAGAAAUGAAAUCCAGUGUGCGGGAUUCUUGAUCUACGGUGAUGGUAAUUCCUCUUUGGUGUCGUACUUCGUCCAAGGCACACCUGGUAUCUUGUCUUGUUUUGCUGCGAAUCUUGCUGGGUUAUCAAAAUCAAUUGAGGAGACAGCUUGUAUGUGCACCCAGUACUUGGAGUUAGAAACCAGCAAGGAUAAAUGCAUUCAGUUAAAUAAUACUGAAUCAAGUACAGUACCUUAAAAUGAGUAACAACCCACUCAAACUUGUGCAUAAACUGUCACUCCCAACAGUGAUAUCAAUACGGCAAAUCAACUGCUUAUCAGCAUCGGUAUGGUUAAACUGUCAAAAUGUGUCAUCUUUAUAAGCCCUAUUUAGAUUGUUGUACAAGUCUAAUUUUAAAAUGCAUGGUACAGAUAGGAAGUUUGCUACUCUGCCUGUGUUCAACAUGUCUUAAUAACUGUACCUGUGUACACUGUACACCCCUUGUACAAGUGUUGAACAUAACAUGUGAAUAGGUUUCAAAUCUUCACUAAAUAGUAGAUCUCCAAGCAAGCUUCAAAGUUUCAUCAUACUCUUUUGAAUCCUACAGAAAGCAUGCCACUACAAUGUAUAUUUCUUCCCACAAAGUAUACUAAUUUUUAAAUUUGAAUGCAAGUCUACAUUUGUAUUGUAAGGAAUGUGCCUAUUCUGCACAGGACAGAAUAGCUGCAAGGAUAGGCUUAAAACAUAGGCAGUAUCUGAAAAUCUGAACAGGAGUUUCAGUGCUUACAAGCAAGGCUACAGUUCCCCACAAUGAUCUGUAUGGCUAACAAACUCACAUUGAAUUACACAAAGCUGCCUCAUUUAUACAUUUAGAAUUUAGUUGUACUUGGAGUAGAAUUUGGAUAAUGGCAUAGAAUUUUGAUUUUAAUUUAAUAUACAGCCCUAAAAAUACAGCAUUUCCACAGUUACAAACAGCAGCAUAUAUGUCUCCUUACAUACUUGUUUCAGUAUAUACAUCAUUAUGAUAGACUUGUGCAGUGAAACUGUGCCCCUUAUUUUAUAUUCUAGUGUGGAAAUAUCAAAUCAAAAUAAAAGAGCAACAAAAAAGACAAUCAUCAGCUAGGGUCUGAACUGUAUCAAACUAAUUUCUAAUAAAUCUUUCCGAUACUAUUGCUAAGUUUCAUUUUCCUUAUAUUUUUAAAGGUUGUAUAAAGAUUUUCAUGGAUCAUAUCCAGCAUGUUAAUAAUUUAAAAAUAAAGAUUAUGGCCCAGGAGUCCAAUUCCACUUGGAAGUGUUUUCAAAAUGAACUAAUGUAGGUUAUGUUGACACCUUUGGAUUUACAGAAUUAGAGAUAUUAUUACAACAGUCAGUUUAGCAUUGUAUAAUGCUAGAGUAUUUCUUACUCUAAAAUUAAUGAAGUAUUUCAGUAAAAGAUGGGUCAAGUUCCCUCUGCUGAUGAUUUUUUUGAAAAGAGAAUGGGAGACCACAUGUGAACACUGCAAGAUAUUCCCCUUAGGGGAUGGAGCCACUCUAGGAAGAGCAGAAGGUUUCAAGUUCCCUCUCUGGCUUCUCCAGGGUAGGGCUGAGAGAGAUUCCUGCCUGCAACCUUGGAGAAGCCGCUGCCAGUCUGUGUAGACAAUACUGAGCUAGAUAGAUCAAUAGUCUGAUUGAUACAGCAGCUUCCGAGAUUCCUUCCUUCCAAAGCUGAAUCCAAUCCAAUCACUGAAUCUUGAGAUAUCUUUCAAAUAUAUAGUUUCACUAAUCUCUAUCUCAUAUUUCACUGGAGACAGAAAUAUGCUAGUAUCCUUGUGCCAGUUUCACUCUUGACUACUAGAUGCUAUAUCGUUUACCAUUUUUCCAGCCCCACAUUAUUUGUUUAUGCUACAACUGCUGUAAAGGGGUCUGUGACUGGAGUAAAUUCAACUGUAAUGUAAUUUUUUUCAGAAAAAAACCUGUUUCUGUACAACUCAA